GUUUCUUAGAUGUACUCUUCGAUAUUUGCAAAUGGCAGAAGAGUAACACGUCGUGGUGUUUUUGUGGCACAAAAUUAAUUACAGGUUGGCUGCCGAAAAAAGUUUACAUUUAUUCAGAUAUUUAGUUGAGUAUUUGUUGUUUAAAUUAUUGUAAAAAUAUAAAAUGGCAAAAUUAGUAGAUGUGUAUCGUAUCGAAAAACAACCCUCUAUAAGUAGGAGACAGCUUCCACUCAUUAUUGAUGAAAGUCUUGCGAUGGUGAUGGACUUAAAUGGAAUGGGUUUAGUAUGUGAUAACCCUAUGGUUAGGGGAAAAGAACUGGACGACUUUCUUCGGAAAUUCAGUGUGCUAACUUCAUCAGAAAUGAAGAGUGCAUUUGAAGUAACUUGCAAAGAUUUGUUGGGAAUUCUGAGUCAGUCAGUACCAUGUGUUGGCUGUCGAAGAAGUGUUGAAAGAUUGUUCUACCAGCUGAUGAAGUCUGGGCAUCCAGCUCUUGAUCCCCUUUUCGUUUCACCCGAGGGAAUUCUGUCAAUCCGGAAGGAGCAGUUGGAAUCUCCACAAGUACUAAGUACUCUUCUUCAUGGGCAUAGUUCAAGAUUAAUCAGUCUGCUGGAAAGUCAGCCUCGUUCAAAGAAAAGCCGUCGCUGUAAUCUUCACUCCUUGGAUUCACAACGUUCACGUCCCAUCACCAGUGCUUGGGUGGAUGUAUGGGAAUGCAUGCGUCCUCAGUGCAAGGAGGAGGUGGUGCUCAUAGAGUCUUCCACACUUCUUACUACUAUAGAGAAUUAUCUUCGAAAGCAUAGGUUUUGUGGUGAGUGUCGAACUAAGGUACUUCGCGCUUACGCACUACUUGUGGAGGAACCGGAUCCUUGCCGUGAGAAAGGUUAUGUACCUGCCUUGUAUUUGGGAAUCAAACGAUGCAUCCCCGAGAAACACAUCCAUCUACAGACUAGAACAGCUUACAUCGCUAAUCUGAUUACUCGGGCCGAACCAGAGCUUAUGGGCAGCCGAAGAGAACGUCACGCAAAGACACUAGAGAUUGCUCAAGAGGAGGUGCUGACUUGCUUAGGUCUGUGUGUCUAUGAGAGACUGCACCGUAUCAACCUACGUCUUCGCGAGGAAGAAUGUAUGUGCCAAGUCCUUGCAGCAGUUGCUAUUGAAGCCCUGUGCAGGAACUUUGAGAUGGCUGUGGAGGUAAAACAGGGUAUAUCUCAACUGGAGUUGUUGUACGAACAAAUAACAAAAGAGGAACUAGCAAAACAGCAAAAGAAGGAACAGAAGAAACAAAAGAGAAGGAAGAAGAAAGAGAAAAGAGUUGGACAUGAUGAAAAAGAAAAUAAUUUUGAGUGUGAAUCAGAAGAAAAUGCAGACCAAAACAGCGAAGAACUCUUCAGUUCAUGCACAUGUUUGGAUCCAAAACCUGUUGUACAAAACACUGAUAGGCACAAGUUGCAAGUGUUGGAUCGCAAAAGUAAGGGGUCGCCAACGUGUUACUGCGAAGACUGUAUACGACGUAAAAAGGAUAAAGGAUCCUUUGCAGAAUCUGUAGAAGACCAGUCGAAUAAGGCACAGAGAAGUGUUGAUAAACAACAGGGACAACAUAGCAGCAAAACUGGUGCUAAUUGUUUAGCUGGGGAUUCAGCUUCUAACAAUAAUAGCUUAUUAUCAAGCGUAAGGAACUCUGUUUCACCUUUCCCUUCUUCAGCUACUCCAGAGCAGCAGUUGUCAUUGUCACCUUGCCAGUCAUGCAAGAGUGCUCAAGACUUGGUUGAGACAUCAGCUGCUCUUCUCAGUACCAAUGCCUCUUUAAAGAACUGCUUACGGUGCAAUGGCAAUUGGUCGUCAAGUGAACACUCUCAAGACUGUGGUUACUCGUCAGAAAACAAUAAUGGGUGCUGUGACACGGGUUCUGGCUCGUCUAGCCUUCCCAGCUCUCCUGAAGGAUCAGAGGUAGCCUGUUCUGAUGGAUUUUGUAAUCACGAAGGAGAGUGUACUGGGGACCGAAAUUGUGAGCCUCAGACACAUUACAGGUCAGGACAUGGUCCUACAGAUAUGAACCUGAAUACCAGAGGACCAGGUGGACUGACUUUAACUCUUCAGCAGAUGCUAGAGGAAUCAUGUUCAUCGGAUGAAGAAUGCUACAUACCGGUUGAAGAAGUUCAAGAAUUCAAGGCUAGGAUGCUUCACGUUAUGGAGAAGCGCCAAGAAUUACGGCAGACUCUGAGAAAGAGAUUUGAUGAAUUGUGUAUAAAUCCUCCACAGCCUCGGGUUCAUCACUCUGCUCAUUGUGCCUCCAACUAGUUUUGUUUAAGAAGUCAUUUAAGACUCCUCCACAUUUUCAAGUGUGAAUGGAAAGAAGUAGUUGAUUUGAUUUUCAAGAGUCUAAAACAUGUUGUAAUAUCUUACAGAGAGGUAAAUAUGGUAUGUUCAUGAAUGUUGAAGCAGGAAAAUUUGAAAUUACGCUCUACUGCAAGAACGUGACUGCAUGAUUGUUAUUGCUAUAGUAUAUACUGUCAAUAAUGUGGGACUGUUUCUGUUCUGUGUGUUUCAUUCUGUGGUUUGAGUGAUGCCAAUUCUAACACCCAGUAUGACGGGAUGGAUUCCAUACAACCCAAAUUCUCUGCUAAUCAUCUCGUCAUCCUACGUUACAUUCCUCCUACAAGUUCCACUGUUGAUCGAAUAAUUGUAACAAUUUAUGGAGCUGUCGUAUUUGCAUUGUGUGUUUCAAUAUAGAGUAAUUUUCUUGAAAUUUUGGUCCUUGGAUGUGUCAGAAUUUACUGUGUUCGGUCAUUAUCAUCCACGCACAUUCAUUUAUAUGUAGCAGUACUUCACUGACUUUGAUUUAUCAUAGUGCAACAUUGUUUAGUUGUAAUAAAUCAGCAUAUUGAUUUAUUUUUUGCAUUGUAGUGUAUUACAGAAAAGUCUGUUCUAAGCAGUUGAUUUCUUUUAUAAUAAUACUGACACAUUUUGUUGCAUGUGAAGGGUAGUGGAUGUUUUUUAGUAUGGAGAUUGGAUUUGGAAUAUUUUUUCAUAUUGUAAGUAUACCGUAUAGUUACAAGAUGACAGUGACUGAACUGUGCACUAGUAACAGAAGACUGCUAUACUUUGUUACGCCAUUUGCAAUAAAAGUGCAUCUGUUUCAAAUUAAGGAUUUCAAAAUGUAGUAUAGUACAAUUUAAGGUCUCUGUCUACAUACAAGCCAGUUCAUUCAGAGCAGGACAAGGACCAAUAACAGUUUAUAAAUGUUCUUUAUUCUAAAAGUGUAUAUUUUGAGUUUCAUUUUGUAAUGUACAGUGUGUUGACUUUUGUAUUGAUCUGGAAAUUCCAAAGACUUGCAAUUUUGGUGAGAGAAUGGUUUAAUUAUUAUUUCUUGUUAUUGAACAGUAAAACUCUUACUUGCAUUCCAAAUUGUUAUUAAUUACAUAGAGUCCUGUAGGUAAUCGUUAUGCAUAGGUUAUUAGCAAAACAGGAAAUGUUUAUGGUGGAAUAUAUUUAGCCAGGUUUUGUUUGCAUGCAGGAGAACAACAAUUUUGAGUUUGUUUUGAUUCCUUUCAUGUAUGGAAAGUUGAGAAUGGUGAACGACUCUGAAAUGAUCAAAACAAUUUGAAUUUAUGGAUCAAAUGUACAGUGGUCAUCAACCUAUGAAUGAUGUAUAGAUAUAAUAUAGUAGUAGCCUGAUUCCAGAAGUUGUCAGAAUAAAAAUGGCCCCUCUCACAGCAUGUAAAUUAAAACUUGACGUAAAUUUGUUCAAGUUGGUUAUAUAGUUACAUUACUGUAUAAUGUGAAAAAAACAGAGUUGUAACAUUUGUGUUACAUGGUGAUGUUAUGAUCCUAGCCUGAAAAUGGUGAAGGUACAAAUGAAAAUAAUACUAUACGUAAAUAAUA